AUGACAUCUCCCUCCCCACCCAAUAACAAAGAUUUCAACAAAACAAACAAGAAACGUUCCAAUAGAUCUGGUAGCCGGACGUUUGUCUGCACAGGUUAUCCCAACUGCAGCAUGUCCUUUACACGGUCUGAGCAUCUGGCACGACAUAUUCGCAAGCAUACAGGUGAGCGUCCGUUUAAAUGUGAAUAUUGUGCCCGAAAGUUUUCUCGUAUGGACAAUCUUCGCCAACACAAACAGACAGUGCAUGCUUACGAAAACUUUGUCAUCUCCUAUCCAGGAAGGCUAGGUGAUAUGCAAAUUCAGGAGGAGUCUUCUGCGCCAUUGGUAAAUGAGGUUUCAGGCCCAUCGCAUCGCAAGGCCGAACUUCCUAAAGCCGCGUCCGAGGGGCUAAUUCCCCAUAGUUCAAUGCCUCGCUCUCCACCAAUGGCGGCCAGUAAGUCGGAAAGUUAUCUCUCGUUGCCCAAUUCGGGGCCUAACCGAAUGCUGCUCUCUGAUCAUUCACAAAUUCCCCAUGGAAAGCAACAUGAGAAUCACGCACUCCCCUCUCUCAAUCCCCAACAACCAAUUCAACACAGACCUGCCAAUUUUUACACGACCAAUCACCCCCAAAUCCAGCCCUCCAAUCAACAGCAAGAUGUUCAAAACAGCACUGUUCAUGGUUUCACGAAUUCAUCCCAACCCCAGGGUUUACCCAGAUUCCCAAACGUAAGUUUCCUUCAAGGUGCAUCGAAUCAUCAGGAAUUACCAAAUCCUGGACCCGUGCCCUCUCCACAUCCAACAAAUGAAAACAAGAACAAGCCACAGCUUCAGCAUAACAGUACAUCUUCCAGUUCAUCAAUGAAUUUUCAGCCGUUACAGUUUCGUCCGAUGAGCUAUCGACCGAAACCACUCUCUUCGCCUCUUCCUCCCAACAAUAACAGCAAAAACACACCUGGAAACCUACUUGGUGCCCCGUUGUCAUCUCUCCCGUUAUCUCAAUCUCAAUCUCAAUCACAAUCCCCUUUCUACUCCUCUCCUCAACAACAUAGCACAGGUUUUGUUCCAUCGUCUUUAAGGCGACCAGGCACGAUCAAUGAAAAUGCAUCUCCGUCUUCGAAGGGGUCCCCAUCACAAGCAAUAUCCGUCCCCCAAACUCCCAUUUCUACCACGUCCUCAUCAACUGCAUCUUCUGUCGGGUCUACCCAUACUAGGUUCUGGCUUAACAGUGUCCUUAACAAUAAUGAUCCCGUGGCAGAACCAGACUACGGAAACCAAAAUGGUUCACCCAGCCCUACAAGUACUUCGUCUUCCACAUCGACCUUGGAGUCCACAAAAUGUAACAUAGAUUCGCUGCUCAACGAGUAA